AUGGAGCGGAUGGAGAGCAAGGACAGUGCUCUGUGCGCCACUGAUAAGAUUUCGCUUGCAAAGGAGUCGCAGGUGCGCGGUUCGGAGGCUGACCUGAUCGAGCAGCGUGCGCCUACGCUGAUUGAAAGCUACAAGCAGAUGCAGGCUAAUUACCUGAAAUCCCCCGCUGAGGUGUGUAAGGUCAGAAACUACCGGUCUGAGCGUGAAAAGCCGAUUUUGCCACAAGAGACUGAACUUGAGACCGCCAAGAAGCUCAUCAAUAAUUGCAACUACUACGACCGCAGAUCGUGUGUUAAUUUGUGA